CCUUCCGAUAUACAAGAGUAAAUCUGGACCCUUCAGUUUCUGUCGGUUCAAGCAAAGAUAAGUGUAGUUAACUUCAAAAGUUUCCUCUUUUACAGGGUUUCAACAAGCAGCCAACACGGUUUACAAAGAAAAUUUCGCCCUUGAGUUUGAAUAUUGUGCAGUUGUAAAGAUGCCUCGUUAUGAUGAUCGGAGGGGAGAUAGCACCCGUCUCUAUGUGGGCCACUUGUCUUCACGGACCCGUUCACGUGAUCUGGAGCGUGUAUUCAGUAAAUAUGGGAGAGUACGUGAUGUGGACAUGAAGCACGACUAUGCCUUCGUAGAAUUUAGUGAUCCUCGAGAUGCUGAUGAUGCAAGAUACUAUUGUGACGGCCGUGACGUUGAUGGACGCCGCAUAAUUGUGGAAUUUGCCAAGGGAGUUCCACGUGGACCUGGUGGUUCGCGUGAGUAUCUUGGCAAAGGACCCGCUCCUGGGUCAGGCCGCUGCUUCAACUGUGGCCUUGAAGGCCACUGGGCUCGAGAUUGCAAAGCUGGGGAUUGGAAGAACAAGUGUUAUCGAUGUGGAGAGAGAGGUCAUAUAGAAAGAAAAUGCCCAAAUAGUCCUAAAAAACUCAGUAGGCGCAGUUACUCACGGUCACCUGUUAGGUCUCGAUCACGGUCACGCUCUCCUCGUCGAAGUUACAGCAGAAGCCGCAGCUAUAGUCUAUCAAGAUCCCCCCCACCAAAGAGGGAACGAGCCGACCAGGUGAAGCGAUCAAGAAGCUACAGUAGGAGCCCCGAGCCAAGAAAAGCAAGUCCAAGUCCUAGCCCUAGUCCUCCACCCAAGACGAGGAAGCGCAGCCCAACGCCCGAAGAGGGAAGCCCUAUGGAAGCAAAGAGCCCUCUCUCACCAACUAGAGAAGAAGGUGCCUAUAGCCAAAGCCCGAGAGAGAGAAGUGCAAGUCCUUUAAGUCCUAGAAGGGAUGAUAGCCCUGCUCCUCCUCGAAGGUAUGAUGACAGCCCCGCUGAAGCUAAUGGUGGAAGUGGAAGCCCAAGUCCCAACCAGAGGAGCCAUGUAGAUGAUGACGAGGAUGAGGGUGAGUUUCGUAAUGAACCCUCUGGUAGAGGGAGCGAAUCGCCUUGAAAGGCACUCGUUUAUGGAAUCUACUGUAUGGAAGAAACUUGGUGGGAUGUUUCUGAAUGAAUUUUGAGCACUGGACCUUGUGAAGGCCUAAUGAGAUAUACUUGAAAGAGUUGACUUAUAUCUAUAUUUGGAUUGCAAGUUAGUACUAUACUCGGUAUAUUGAUGAUUUCUUGUUACUUUAA